UCCGCAUGCCUGCUCCACGGGUGGCCAAGCGGCGCGUCCGAGGCUUUCCCCCCUAGCUGGUGCGUAAUGGCGCAACCGCGGUGCCGCUCCGUCUUGAUCACCGGCUGCAGCAGAGGCAUCGGCUUGGGGCUGGUGCGGGGGCUCCUGGCCGCCUCCCCGUCCCCGGAAUUCGUCAUCGCCACCUGUCGCUACCCCGAGAAGGCGCAGGAACUGCAACACCUCUGUAACCAGUAUAGCAACAUCAAACUUCUUCAGUUGGAUGUGGUGUCCGAAAGCAGCAUCAGAGAAGUCGUCAAAGAGGUGGAGGACAUUGUCGGAGACCAAGGACUCAACUGCCUGAUCAACAACGCGGGCAUCAACAUGUUGGCUUCGCUGGAGGAGGUCACCGCCGAGACCAUGCUCACCUGCUACGAGACCAACACAGUGGCCCAGCUGAUGGUUGCCAAAGCUUUUCUCCCACUUCUAAGGAAAGCCGCACAGCAGAGUUCCAGCAUGGGGUGUGACCGGGCGGCCAUUAUCAAUAUGUCAUCGCUGGCGGCUUCUAUGCAGCUGACUGAAGACCAGGAGAUGUACCGUACUGUGUACCCAUACCGGAUAGCCAAGACUGCGCUAAAUAUGAUCACACGGUGCCUUUCUACUGAUUUGAAAGCCGACGGGAUCCUUUGCAUCUCGCUGCACCCAGGAUGGAUCCAGACCGAUAUGGGAGGGAAUGAGGCUCCUCUGAAGGUCCAAGACGCCAUCCCCGGCAUCCUCUCUGUCCUAGCUCAUCUCUCUGAAAAAGACAAUGGUGCUUUUCUGGAUUGGCAAGGGAAAACCUUACCCUGGUAGCCACAGAGUAUGGACCCCAGAGCCAUUGAGCCAUCACUGAUGUCCAACUUCUGGCACUUUUUUUUAAAAAAAUGUAUUCUUAAAAAAAACAACAAUUAAAUAGCUGUACUAUAAUUGAAA